UCUCUCUACCACCGAAAUCAGUUAACUUGAGAUUUAAGCCAUUUAAGGUUUUUAACUUUCCAAAAACGUUCGAGACUGGGUUCUUCAUCGACCCACAAACGCAGCUAUAUAUUUCAUUCCAUAGAAGGCCUAUCUAUAGUUUCCAUAAAACGGAAGCAUGAUACGCGGAAUUCUGAGCACGUCUGGAAUUAUAAAAGCAGCAGCUUUUCGCACUCCUGUAAAUGUGCGCGGAAUUGGAACAGUGGCUGUACAGACUGUGCUGGAUUUUUUUGGCAAGGAUCAGCGCUUGAUUUUCACGCCAUCGAGCUCUUCGCGUCCGCCAUUUGAACGGAAAGAAGAUGAAACUGUCUGGCGACAUCAAGCGGAUGUUUCACUGGGAAAAACUGAUUUAACGACGCAUCUGACGAAAGCCCCAUGGAGUGAAAUCGUCACGCCGGACAUUCAGGAAUCCAUUCAGUGUCACAUUGAAGGAACGUGGAUCGCUGCUAACUACCUGGUUGGAUGGAGCGGAAUUUUGCGCCAUUUGCUUCCACAGUCCUGUGGCUACACUUUGCAGUGGGAAAGCCUCAAACGUCAAGGGAUGGGGUUAUUUUUCGACCACUUGACCGUUUCGAAAAAGGACCGCAGCGGAAAGCAGCGGGUUGUGCUGGUUCUCGCAGCUCAUGCACCCAUCAAAGAUUAUGGUGAUGAUGAUCUGAAAACCCACGCCGAUAGGAAGAUGACCUUCAUGCGCAGCACGGUGGGCGCACGAAUUGAUCUCUUGGCUGCAGCGGGAAGAACGGGCCAUCGAGUGCACUGGAUCGGUGCGUUCGGAUGUCAGUUUGUUGUUGGAGUGAAAAAUGAAUCUGGUGAUAUUAUGCAGACGACUAAGAACUGGCACGAUGUUUUUCAGGCGUCGUCUAAAGGUGUUCUCCUGAAACUUGUCAAAAGUAUUGACGAAUUGAUCUUGUAAAUAGUCGUAAGCUUUUCUCACUGUUUUUCAUACUCUUAUUUGCUGUUUCCGGCCAGUGCUGCUGUUGCUUUAGUAAAUGUGCAAUGUACAUUCCAAUGCAUAACGUUAUAAAAAACGAUUAAAACACCACG